GAGGAGGCCGAGGCCGCGGCCCAGCCGGUGCUCGGCGCCUCCCCGGGCCCCGCGGCGGCGGGGGGCGGCCGGCGGCGGGCGCUGAACGGAUGCGUGCCGCUGUCGCACCAGGUGGCCGGGCACAUGUACGGCAAGGAUAAAGGCGGCAUACUGCAGCAUCCAGAUGGAACUGUCCUGAAGCAGUUGCAGCCACCACCUCGUGGUCCCAGGGAGCAAGAGUUCUACAACAAGGUUUAUGACUCCGACUGUUGCGACAGCAUUCUUCUGCAGCUGCGGGAAUAUCUGCCAAAAUACUUCGGUGUCUGGUCACCACCUACUGCACCAAAUGACACAUAUCUAAAACUGGAAGAUGUGACCCGUAAGUUUAAUAAGCCCUGCAUAAUGGAUGUAAAAAUUGGUCAGAAAAGUUAUGAUCCCUAUGCUUCAGCAGAGAAGAUACAGCAGCAGGUCAGCAAGUACCCGCUGAUGGAAGAGAUUGGCUUUUUGGUUCUUGGAAUGAGGGUGUACCACGUGUCUUCAGACAGCUAUGAGACUCAAAACCAGCACUAUGGAAGGAGCUUGACCAAGGAAACAGUGAAGGACGGCAUCUCAAAGUUUUUCCACAGUGGGUACUGCUUGAGAAAAGAUGUGGUAGCUGCCAGCAUUCAGAAGGUUGAAAAGAUUUUGGAGUGGUUUGAGGGCCAGACACAACUCAAUUUCUACGCAAGCUCAUUGCUGUUUGUCUAUGAAGGUUCGUGCCAAGCCACAACCGUGCGGUUGAGUGAUGUCACCUUGGCAGAGAAGAGAAGAGUACCCAAAGGCCUCUUAGCAGGUGGAGACGUAUUGGAGUAUAAUAAUAAUAUUCAUGUCAUAAAUUCUACAGAGAAUGGAAAAAUCGAAGCCUCUGUAGGUAAAGGCUUGUCUAAAUUUUAUGCACUUCACAAAAAGGCGUGCUCCAAGAGGCACCACAGUCAGCUCUCACUAAAAGUUGAGAACUCAGAGCAAGACAAUGUGUGGAAAACCAGCACAUGCAUUACGCAGGAGCACCUGAAUGGAAAUGUUCUACCCCAACUGGAAAAAGUUUUCUAUCACAUGCCAGCAGAGCCCAAGGAAAGUGCAAAUGUCGAAGUCCGAAUGAUCGAUUUUGCUCAUGUGUUUCCCAGCAACACAAAGGAUGAGGGCUAUAUUUAUGGUCUGAAGAAUCUCAUCACAGUACUGCAAAAUAUUUUGGAUAACUAAAUUCUUUGCUAUGUUUUUUAUUGGGGGCCAAUGAUAAAGAGCAACAACAUGAAGAAUUUCUGCACUUGUAAUGCUGUAUAACUGGGUUUGUAUUGUUCUAUAUUUUAUUUGUCUUUGUACUUUUGGUAGAAGGGUUUAACUUUUUAUAAUUUCACUCAGGAAAAAUAUUGAUAGUAAAUUAGGAAGUGUGAAAGGAUGAAGAUACUUGAGAUAAAGCAGGAUAAGUAAACUAACAAAAUGAAAUGUAUGUGGUUGGCUUAAGUCCAAGGACUACCAGAAGCAAGGGUUAUGUUAAUUCCUCUAAUGACUUUAGCGUAGAUGACAUAUUUGCCCAUUUAGCCUUGACACUGAGCCACACCUCCAUUAAGAGGUGUUUAGAAAAUAGACUGAAAGUUGUAAGGUGCAGGAUUGAUGUCCUCAGUACUGCCCUUGUGUUUACUGUAUUUGAAUAACUGGAGUAACUCUGCUUGGAGACAAAUCCCAUUCUGAGUCAGCAGUCUCACCUGAAGCCAGUGCAUCCCAAAGUGCUUUUCCAUGUCACGGGACAAUAUUGUUGUUCUUUCAGCCCUUCCCCCUUUGUAGAUGUCUGUAGCUGAUGUUCACCACAGAUGAGCUACCAUGUAAUUUGUGUUGAGGUGCUAAGAAAAUGCUGGAGUACAAUACCGUAACAGGCUUAAACUGCACAACUUCUAGAGAAACUGUUUGUUCCUAAGAACGAGCGAAAGAAGGCAAAUGCAAGAUGUUCCAGGAACUAAUUUGGAUUAGGAGAUUAUGUCAGUCUGUUAAUGGGGCGUGUGAUGCUGUGAUUAAGGAAAAUGUCUCACUCUGUUGUUCUCGUGGCCCUUCUCCAACAAUGUUGCUUUAAAAAGCAAACCAGUAGAAUGGGGAAACAAGUGUUUAGGGUGAGCAUGCAGAGCUCUGCUGGCUGUAAGCCACUUGUAUUUUUGCAGUGAGUGUUUGAUGCUUCAGCUGCUGGGGAGCACUGACUGGAACCUCAAGCAACAGAGGCAGAGGAGCCUCCUGCGAGAUCAUUCAGCCUUGGAGCCACCAGCUGUGCCACCGCUUGUGCCAGAGGAGCUGUGGCUCUCCGUCCUGGGCUCCAGACACUGCAGGUUUCUUUAAUGCACACAGGCAGGCUGUGUAAUUGGAAAGCUGUCCCAUUUCCUUCCUUUUCACAGGAAAAAGUCAACGUUUGUAUGGAAUGCUUGAGAUCAGGAUGAUGUAUCCAGAGCAGUUUUGGUGUGUCUCUUGUGUAUGCUGUGUAGGUGGCUGUGCUGCCAUGCAUAUUACAGUGAGCUGUAUGGAAAGUGGGAAUGGAGGAGUCCUGCCAUACCUAGAGCAAGAUUUUAAUGCUUAAAGCAUUUCCAGGACAAAAAUGUUUUAGAAUGGAUUUGGUCAUUGGAAACAUAUAUCUUUUUCAUGUGGACUUAGUGACCCUGUGGCCUUGCUGCUCUCUCUGUAUGAUGUUCUGCACUAUGCACUCAGCUGUGUUCACAUCUUGACAAGUUCCUCAUUGGACAUCUGUUUUCUACAUGACAAAGAGUAUCAUACUUUUUCAAGCAAAUACGCUGUUUUAAAUAAAGCUGAAUUUUUAGCUCUAUCUGAGAACUUGGGUUAAUUGGGAGAAACAGGGUAUUACUAUGUGUAGAAUUACAUGAUUUAAACUUUGGAACUCAUGUUGGCCAACACAUUCAAGAAUGAAACCAACCUUUUAGUGACAUGAUGUUUUAGAAGUAUGGAAAAAGGGGCUUGCAGAAAGGGUGAGACCGGUGUGUUAAAAAUUUUAUGUGAAACACAGUGAAGUCUGAGGGGGAAAGUACCAGGAAGAGAGGAACUUUUUUCCUACCUGGUAUUUCUCUUGCACCUUAUAGUUAAUAUAUUCCCAACUCUCUGUGAAUUAAUUUAAGCCAUAUUCUAGAAAGAGUUUGUGGUUUUGUUUGCUUUGUCACUCUGUUAUGAUUUUGUUGUUUAUUCCUUAAAUAGUCAACACUAGAGUAGUCCAGACUGGUAGUGGCCUUGUAUGCUAAAGGUACAAGGUUUUAUAGGAAAAUAGGGCAAGAAAAUUUUAACAUCACCAUUUUUGUCCUCCCUAAUUCAUCUCUUCUGGGUUUUAAUCCAUUUUGUACCAGAGAAAUGAGGCGUUUUCCUCAAGUCAGUUAUUGGAAAAUGAUUAGUAUGCACUUAGCACUCUCCUGUCUCUGCUUUAAGAUACAUGUCCUCAGUGUUUGAAUGCUCUUUAAGUAUUGAUUGUUUUGUUGGCUAUGGCAGUAUUUGUAACACGCCUGGAAUAUUGUCAACCUGUCAGAAUAUUUUGAAUAAAAAAAUUUUAUCAUG